AUGGAAUAUUACGACCAAAUGGAAUAUUACGAUCAAAUGCUAUAUUACGACCAAAUGGAAUAUUACGAUCAAAUGGAAUAUUACGAUCAAUUACAGCGUUGCGAUCAAUUGCAGUAUUACGACCAAAUGGAAUAUUACGAUCAAAUGGAAUAUUACGAUCAAUUACAGCGUUGCGAUCAAAUGGAAUAUUACGAUCAAAUGGAAUAUUACGACCAAAUGGAAUAUUACGAUCAAAUGCUAUAUUACGACCAAAUGGAAUAUUACGAUCAAAUGCAAUCAGCGUUGCGAUCAAAUGGAAUAUUACGACCAAAUGGAAUAUUACGAUCAAAUGCUAUAUUACGACCAAAUGGAAUAUUACGAUCAAUUACAGCGUUGCGAUCAAAUGCUAUAUUACGACCAAAUGGAAUAUUACGAUCAAAUGCUAUAUUACGACCAAAUGGAAUACUACGAUCAAAUGCUAUAUUACGACCAAAUGGAAUACUACGACCAAAUGGAAUAUUACGAUCAAAUGCAGUGUUGCGAUCAAAGCUUGCAGUGGCCAUAACUUCUGGCUGCUUUCCACAUUUAUAG